AAUUUGGCAUCACAGAUGCAAAUCAAUACAAAUUUUUGCUUUUUUUUCAUUUCGAAAAAGUUUUUAUAAAUAAUCAAAGAAAAUCUUUUAUAUUAUUUAAAUAUCACAAAUAGCUGAAUCAGCGCUUUUUCUAUUGAAUUAUUUGUAUAUUGAUAGUAAAGAAUAAUGGGGAAAGGCAAAUCAGACGGAGAUGGAUUAUGCAAGUUUUGUGGAGCAAUGACGUGCUGUUGCGUGAUUUUCUUGCUAGUUUUGGCACUACUCGGUUAUGGCAUUGCUAAAAUCGUAAUGGGUAGCGUUUAUAUCCAUGAUUGUCCGUUAGAACAGAUGAUCCCAAUCUACCUGAUAGUUAGCGGUUUGGCACCGCUUCUGUUCGGUGGAUGCAGACGCAAAGAGGAGGGACAAGAGACCUCCCUGGGAUCUGUAGUGUGUAGUAUUGUUGGGCUUCUGUUUAACAUUGCCUGGCUGAUAUGCGGUAGUGUUUGGGUAUACCCACAUUUUGGAAAGUUAAAUGAUGUCGAUUUCACUAGAUGUGAGGGCAAUGUGACCACCGGGUGUCUGGACGAAAUUUGCGACAAGGAUUUAAUCACAUUUGCAUUUGCCUCAAUAACAAUUGAUUGGGUAUUCAUGGGCUUAGGGAUCGCAGGCUUUGCUUAUGGAAUACGCCAUCUUUGUUGUGACAGUUGUUAAUGUUAGAAUAACAAGGCAGAGGAUUUUUACGGUCGUCGAGACAGUGUGUCAUACUUUAUCAAAACUGUUCUCACAUUGAGAAAAUCAAAGUGCUUAAAGCACUGAACACUUUUUGCAAUAUUAUUCAUUUAUACUGUUAAUAGUUUUUAGUCCUUACUCUAUGAACUUUUUCGGUUACAUUUUAUGAUGAUAUUAUCAGUGAAAUUGAUUUAUUUUUACAUAUUUUGUAUGGUUUUGUUCUUCAUCGAUUGAUAUUUUUUAUAUGAUUAAAUAGUGUUGAUAUGAAGGCUAUGCAAGGGAGCGGAACGACAUUAUCAGAAGUAACAGUAUGUAAUAACGGUGUCAAGAUGUCCGGUUAGAUUAAUAGGUAGAGCGUUGGACCUUGAAUCGAGUGACUCGAGUUCGAUUCCCGGACGGUGCGGCUCACUUUCGUUGUAUUGAAUCAUGAAAUCCUUUCUACGGAGAUUCGCUCUGUACCUCUGCACUGACAUGUACAGACGUUUCAGUUCCUUGCAAGAGUGGAGGCAACUAUUAGUGGUUAACUCCAUGCGAAAGUGAAAGCAACUAGUACUGGUAAACUGCUUCACAGCCUGCUUGGCCAAGAUUACGUCAACACAAAAAUUUAUGAUAAAGAUUUUGCUUAUCAAAAAUCAUUUAGAAAUAAAAAAUAAUAAUAAAAGUAGUGUAAGUGGUUUCACUGAGAAAAAAAUACAUAUUCAAUCAUUUCGAAUUAAUAUUAAAAACAUCAUUUUAAAUGCAUUGUAGCUAUAUAUGUGUUAAUAAACAAAAUAUGUCAUAAAAUGAA